AUGACGGAAGAGGAAGAGUUGCAAUUCGCACUCGCACUCUCCCUGAAUAGCGAGCAGCCUCAACCUAGCACCUCCCGUUCUCCCUCUCCGAUCAUCCCGCAACAGACCCUCCGCCCAGAACUUCCUAGCCGUACCAUGUCCAUACAAGACCAACUCGCCGAAGUGAGAAGACAGCGUGCGAGACAUUAUCAGGAUCACCAAGUGGAUCAGGCUGUAGAGGCGACGAAAAGUGUUCCCAGGAUGGGAGAGACAAAGGCGGGGAUAAGCAAAACGGCAGCGGGAGCGGGGUCAAGCAAGAAGCGGGCUUUGGAGGAGAAGGAAGACGUCAAGACGACGAUGAACGGACGCAGCAUCAUGGACGAAGAAGGAGAUGAUGAUGACGAGAUCGAGUUCGUAGGGAUAAAGAAAGUGAAAGCCGAGCCGAAGCAAGACCGUACCGCUCGACCACUACCGACAUCCUCUUCUUCCUCCUCGACGAAUACCAUAUCUAGAUCUUCCACUUCCUUUCCUUCCUUCCUCAACCCAUCCAUCCGCCUGACCCGUACGCAAGGCCGCCAUCCCUCCUCUUCUACGUCUGCGGCUUCACUUUCGCGCAACACAAUCUCCUUUGACCAGAUCGUCCGGAAACAAGACCUACAAAAGGCUUUCAUCUAUUCAUUCUUCAUCGGUCAGGACGAGUUGUUCAAGUAUCUACCUUUGGGGGAGUGGAGUGAAGGGAGAAAGUGUCCGAUAAUUAUUGGCCGGGACAUGAACCAAGACCCCCUCGCGCAUCAGAUCGCCGCCCAACUCUCCCUCUCGCUCAACCCUUCCUCUUACCAGAACAUGGACAGUAAUACGUUUUCCCGGAUCUCUUUGGCUGCCGCUCAGAUCUACGAGGGACUUUAUGGGGAAAACUAUCGGGCUGUUUAUGUGGAGAAGACCAGGGUUGGGUGUGGACAUAGUAAAGUCGGAGUGCUGGUAUUCGAGGGGUUCCUCAGGGUGUUUAUCACGAGUGCGAAUUUGAUGGCAUUGGAUCUAGAACAUGGCGAUAAUCACUGGUUCAUCGUCGACCUCCCCGAACUUCCCGCUCGACGUUCCAAGUCAUCCCCCACCCCGGAUUUCGAGCAGGAACUUCUCGAACAUAUCCGCGCUCUCGGAUGUCCCAAAGAUUUCGUCAAUUCGAUCUAUGCGCGAUAUGACUACUCCUCAGUCAAAGACGUCAGUAUCGUCGCUUCCAUUCCUAGUACGGCCAUGUACAAGGACGAGGAGAGGGCGAGAUACGGGGCGAUGAGGUUGCGUGAGGUUGUCAGGCCGAUCUUGGAAGAGACGGCAAAGGGAAAGGAUAUCGAGAUGGAAAUCUGCACGGCGUCGAUAGGGGGGAUGCAAGAAGAUUGGUUGAGGGGGAUGAAUCACUGUUUCACGGGCGGCCGAUACAAGCCUCUGGAAAGGACCGACAUCCCGGCCUUCACGAUGACCUUUCCCACUCGGUCGGACGUGGAAGCGACUCGGGAGGCCUCGCAAGCCGGAGCUAGUCAGAUCGGGUCGCACUUCAAAUAUCUAGAUUCGAGGUCGGAAAUCAAGGCGAUGUUCCGGCAUUACCUCUCGAAAGACCAGGCUUCGGACGGUACCGGGAAGGGAUGUCUUUUUCAUCAGAAAUUCUACAUGGCCUUCCCCAAAGGAACGAAAGACAAGGACGAGAAGCUCUCAACGAAAUCGACCCCACCUCUCUACCUCUAUCUCGGAUCUGCAAACUUUAGCAAGGCUGCGUGGGGGAAGCCUAACCCGGAUGUCAAGAAGAAGCAACCCGCUACGGGGGAGAUGAUGCGUCUAGCCGAUGUUUGCAAUUACGAACUCGGGGUCGUCGUCCGCGGUCGAGACUUGUUGGGGAUGCUGGAGCCAGGUAGCGUUUGGGAGGAUGUGAUGCCGCAUCAGAGGUGGACGGCGAAAUACAAGGGACAGGAGAAGCCGUACAAUUCGGAGGUCUGGGUCAAGCGAUGA